AGAAAAUGGCUGGACUAUUUCGAACAAUUUUCAAGGGCAAAAAGUCCCGAAAGGAAAACGAAAACGACGACGAUUACACAGUGUUCAAUCCGUGCGUACGCUCAAUGUCGCUGAAACGUCAGCCAACCGCCCGUUUUGCCGAUGAUUGUAUGCUCCCACCGACUGCCGCCUAUCACACGACAAGUGCACCGAAACUUCGCAAAGGGCCUCAAAGCUGUCCGGGCGGCCGUGAUGACUUCAAUGCUGCUGCCUACAGUAGAUCCAACAAGUUGCCCAGGACCUUCCCACUUGGAGCUUCAAGCUCGAGCCGGCAAGAUUUCCAAAUUGAUGACUUUGAGCGAGGAUCUAGAAAUCAUAAAAUUCGGGAAUCCUCAUCAAUGGAGUUUGCAAAAAGAGAUCAAAAAGAAGGUGAUGAUGAGGAUAAUGAAGCGAUGCUCGAACGAAAAAGCCGGUACUACAUGCAAAAAUGGGAGAAUUCGGAAAAACAACGGCGUGAGGAGAGGCGAAAGCAGGAACGGUAUGAACAGGAGAGAGAAAGCAUUCAAAGCGUGAUGUCCAAUAUGGCCUAUUGUAUGGCGUCGGCUCAACAACUGGAGCAGUUGAAAAAGGAACGAGACCAGUACAAGAAGGAGAUGAGACGGUAUAAGGCAAAAUGUGAGCAAUUGGAGAGCAAGUGCGAGCAACUACAGACCAUGUCUCCGAGCUAUGGCGCAUUUCAGUCUAUGCAAAAUCUCCAAAAUCCAAUGCUGCCAUCUCCAUUCCAAACUCCACAAUUUCCUGCUCCACGAAGCUUCGCCUAUCCCAACCCGCCACUUCCAUUUCAUCGUUCCAUGGAUUUUCUCAAUAGUGGACCGCCAAGCUACCUGUACAAUGAGAACCUAUCUUCGCUGUGCAGCAGCUCGAUGAGCCACACGCCGACGACAAACGGGAGCGAUGGCGCCGGCGAAUCACUUGUUAAUCCGUCGGACGUCAGUUUUCUCAAGAACUUUUCUAAUGGUCCCACAAAUUCCUACGACAAUGAUGACGAGGACGAGGUCAAAAACUAUCGUCAAGAGCAGGACUAUUUUGUUUCAAGCCCACAGGCUUCCAAUACUAACUAACUAUUUAUUAAUUAAUGUAUAUCUUUGUAUUUUGUCAAUUCUAUUUUUUUCAAUUUUAAUAAACCGCUAGUAAGUCCUG